AUGGGUAUAUCAUGGGGAAGAAGCGUAACUACAUCAUCAAGUACAAUGCAUCAUGAAGAAGCAGGGUUGUUUCACCAUGACAUGCGGGGGAUGUUAAAUGAUCUUUUUCAUCCCGAAAUAGGUGGAAAUAGAGUAGAGAAUGAUGGUACUAAUCUGGAUAACGGUCAAGAUGCACAAAAUAGUGGGCGUGCUGUAGAGGCAGAUGGUAAUAAUAAUGAUAACGGUCAAGAGGCACAACAUGGUGGAAGGGAAUUUGAUGAUAUAGUUAAAGAAGCUGAAGAACAAGUUUAUCCAAAUUCAAAAUACAAUAAGUUAUCAUGCGUGGUGCAUUUGUUCCAUUUAAAGUGUCUAAAUGGAUGGAGUAACAAAUCUUUCUCUAUGCUAUUAGAGUUUUUAGCAGAUUUGUUACCUGAAAAAAGUUUAUUGCCUAAAACCUCACAAAAAGUAAAAAAAAUGUUGGCAAACUUAGGACUAGGAUACAUAAAAAUCGACUCAUGUCCUAGCGGUUGCAUGUUGUUUUGGGAGGAGAAUGAGAAAGAUGAAAGUUGCUCUAGUUGUGGGGCGUCUAGAUGGAAGGUGUCUCAAGAUAAUUUUGAGUCUGAACCAAGUCCGCCAAAGAAGAAGGCAACAAAUAUUUUAAGAUGGUUUCCUUUAAAGCCUAGACUUCAAAGGUUGUUUAUGUCAUCAAAGACAGCCAGCCUUAUGAAGUGGCAUCACGUGGAUCGCGUGAAAGAUGGGAAACUAAGACAUCCUGCUGAUACAUUAGUUUGGAAAGAUUUUGAUCAAAAGUAUCCUGAAUUUGCAAGAGAUCCUCGUAAUGUCCGGUUAACUCUAGCAAGUGAUGGAUUCAACCCGUUCAGGACAAUGAAUGUGGUGCACAGUAUUUGGCCUGUUUUUCUUAUUCCGUACAACUUGCCUCCACGGUUGGUUAUGAAACAACCUAACAUCAUUCUUUCAUUGAUUGUUCCUGGUCCUAAAGGUCCCGGAAACAAGAUAGAUGUGUACAUGCAACCACUUUUAAGAGAAUUAAAAGAGUUGUGGCUGGAUGGAGUUGAGACUUAUGAUGCUUCCACAAAACAGAACUUUCAGUUAAAGGCGGCUCUUCUUUCAACAAUAUCUGACUUCCCGGGUUAUGCUAGCUUAUCUGGGUGGAGCACUAAAGGAGAACUUGCGUGUCCUUCAUGUGGUUUCAAUACCAACUCCGAGUGGCUAAUUCAUGGGAGAAAGUGGUGUUAUAUGUGUCAUAGGAGAUGGCUUUCAAUCGACCAUAAUUGGCGAAGAGACACUAGAUCCUUUAUUGAAAAGGGGGAAUCAAGAGAGACUCCUGUUCCUCCUUCUGGGGAAGAGGUUCUACAGCAAAUGGGAGAUGUUGAGUUUCUGGUAGACAAUCCUCAUGGCGGUCCAUGGAAAAAGAAAAGUAUAUUUUUUAUGCUGCCAUAUUGGGAGAAUUUAUUGUUGCGUCACAAUCUUGAUGUGAUGCACAUAGAAAAAAAUGUUUGUGACAACAUUGUAGGGACUUUAUUAGGACAAGAAGGGAAGUCAAAAGACAACUAUAAAGCAAGACUUGACUUGCAACGUUUGGGUAUCAGAAAAGAAUUACAUCCAAAGAAACGACCUAGAAGUGGUGUUGUUUUUAUACCAAAAGCAUGUUACCAAAUGACCCACAUGAAGAAAACUGCUUUUUUAAAAACUUUGAAGUUAAUUAAACCUCCUGAUGAAUUUUCAUCAAAUAUCUCUCGGUGUGUGCAACUACAAGAUCGUAAACUGAUUGGAUUGAAAAGCUAUGAUUGCCAUAUGCUAAUGCAAGAGUAUUUGCCCAUUGCAUUACGUGGAACCUUGCCGGUUCAUGUAAGCUCAGUAAUAACUGAGUUAUGUGAUUUCUUUAAGAUUAUAUGCUACAAAGAUUUAUGUGAAGUUGAUCUCCUAUUUCUCGAGUCUAAGAUUUCUCUCACUCUAUGCAAGAUGGAGAAAAUCUUCCCUCCUUCUUUCUUUACUGUAAUGGUUCAUUUGGUCAUCCACUUAGUUAGUGAGGUUAAACUCGGCGGUCCUCUUGCUUUUCGUUGGAUGUACCCUAUCGAAAGAGCUCAUCCUGAAGGUUCAAUUGCUGAAGGAUAUUUAGGAAAAGAAAGUCUGACUUUUUGUUCUAGAUAUCUUACGGGGGUAGAAAUUGUUUUUACUAGAGAAAUAAGGAAUGAUGAUGAAGGUCAGCAAAAUGCGAUUGAAGAAUUAAACAAUCUUUGCCCUGGUCGACCACUAGGACGAAAAUCAGAUGAUGGGUUACCAGCUCGGAAAAGGAGAAGAUUCACAAAUUCUGACAUCGAUGAGAAAUCACUAGCUCAAGCACAUCGUUAUGUUCUUUUUAAUGUUGAGUCAAUUACGCCUUUUCGAGAGUAA